CGCCCGAUCAAAACAAUAAUAACAGAGUAAAAGGUUCAUGGCUGGCGGACGCGGCCGCUCGCUCUGCUCUUCGCUCGACGAACUCGUUGAGGCCUGAGGCCCGUUGUUGCCGCCGCCGCUGCUGCCGCCGCCGCCGCCGUUGUCGCCCGCUCGAUCGCAGACUCCGCUCCGCGCGAAGUGCCACACGGCGACGAGUCGGCCCGAGUCGCGUACUGUAAACAAAAGAGAGCGCGCGCGGGACAAGUAUAGCACGCACGCAGGCAGCACGGCAUUUAACGCGCGCGCGUACAUAUACACGAUUUGACACAUAUCGUCGCAUACAGUCGCGCGGCCGACAGUUCGAUACGCUCGUCACGAGGGGAAACGAGAAUUGGUGCGCGCGUCUUUCGUCGACGAAACGUCAGUGUCAGUGAUUACCUGCAACGCGGUCUCGGGGAAAGUUCCAGUUGGAUUUCCAAAUUCGAUUUCCAUCUCCAAAUCGAAACGUGUGAAUACACUCGCGUCCCGACGCGAGCGAGAGCCAUCCGUGAGUGAGUGUGAGAAUCGUGAGAGUUACUCUGAAACUGGAAUUUCGAGAAUAAAGUGAAAGAGAAAGAGAUAGAGAGACGGAACUUGAAACAUUAGAUUGACGUUUGAUUCGAAAGUGCGGGAGUGCGCGACGACACUGUCAGUCCGACGGCGAAUCUAUCCGUCGCUCGCUCUCUCCGUACAUAUUUCCAUUCUCAUCUCUCUCUUCUGACGAGUGCGUGAUCUCAUCGAAGCGAAGUUAGUCGCUACGCGUGUAACGAGAGCUGUGCAUGCCAGUUGUGUAACCCAUCGCACUGAUCUUUCCGCCGCGGAAGAGAAAGAGGCGGAGCAAGAUUCGGACGACACACCGCGCGUUCGAUCCUCCGCUCGGAAGCAAAACAAUGCGGCGCUGGGGUAACGCUUAGCAGAGAGAACGUUCUCUGUGCCCGCGUGUACGUAUUCAUGUACCUGCAGCUGCCGCGCGGCGCGCUGGUGUGCGUUUGUUUAUGCGCGUAGAUUAGCCGCGCGCGAGUACGAGCGCGGCGUUCAUUCAACAGCCAGCCGCGUUUCGACGCCGACUCUCGUCGUGUUGUCACUCGCUCGUUUCGAAAGCGAGCGAACGAGCAGGAGAGAGAAAGGGAGAGGGGAGACUCCAAAACGCGAGGAUAUCACCGCGCGCGUAUUUAUCCAGUGAAUCACGUCCCGUCCGAUUACGCACGGACGUGGCCGGAUACGAGCGUAUAUAUACGCGUACCACUGUGCCGUAUUAUUGUUGACGUGUCCGUGCGACGACGCCGUGAACAGUCGCGCUGACGCAAUUAUAUCGGAGAACGACCGCUCCUCCGCCGUGGGAAAAAGAAAGGAUACGUCGACCGAGUUAUCCUCAUUGAGUGAAACGGUUUCCCGGAUCCGUGCUGACAACGACGGUUUUCCCGGAAGGAAACGUUACGUUUUCUCCCCCGUGUCUGCAUCCAUUCGUUUGUUGUGCGUCGUCGGCGAACGAGCGAGCGUCGACCCAGGUAAACACCGAGGAAAAGAGACGGCACCAGCCAGCGAAGAAGUGACGGAGAGAUCAGACGGAGAGUGGUAGAAACGGUAAUAACAUCAAGGAUCGGAGAGUCGUUGGAGGAAACACAGACGCAGAUCGCCGGAGAGGGAGAGAGAGGGAGAAACAACACAAGACGGAGCUCGCUCGAGAAACGUCGGGGAUCCUUCCUCUCGUACGUGUCUCUUCACUCGUUACUAGUGAACGCUUGAUCCUACUACGGACACGAGCGUAGAGCGUGGCGUGCGGUGGCACAUCAUUGUACCUGAGUGCUGUGAAGUGCUGCAGACUGAAGCGAGGAUGCCGAGCGCCGAGGAGACGACGUACCUGAUCGGCGUGAUGCCGGACGGCGCGGCGCAGGCGGACGCGACGUUCCUGGCGCGCGACGUCGACCUCCUGGUGUCGCAGAUCAAGGAGAACCUGCGGCUGUCGGGGCUGAAGGCCAAGUCCAGCGUCAGCCACAAGAACAGCCGGCCGUCGCCGUACCGGGUGCCGGCGCGUUCCUGGGCCGAUCCGGCUGCGGCGGCGACCGGCUGCGAGGUCUGCGGCUUGCGAGCCAGCAGUCAGCAACAGCAGCAGCAUCACAUGACCGCCGGUCACCACCAUCAUCAUCAUCACUACCACAGUCACCUGAGAAGGAACGAGAAAAGUCGGGUGGACGAUGACCCAUACGAGUUGCUGCAGGAGCUGCUGCGCGAAGGUGGUCUCAUCAAGGAGGCAGUGAAGAGGCUGCAGGCGAAUCUCGACGAGCUCUCAGGCUCGGAGGUGGACGAGGACGACGUGGUGGUGGACGACGAGGACGACGAGGACCGAAGAUCCAGCGGCUGUUACCGCAGGAAGCCGUACUUUUACGAUUCCGAGGACGAGCCGUUACCGCCAAUGUACAAGCCUCUGGAACUGUGAGGUACUACAGAAACGUGCGCUUCGGGCUGAGCGACAAUUCUUUUCCCGGACGUUCCUCGUUAUGAAUGACAGCGAUUGUUUUCACAGCGAGUUUCUCGAAGGACGGUUUUCUCCCGGAAAGUUUUGAAAACUUUACUGGACCUUGCUCUUUGUUUCUUUGUGACCUGAGGUAUGCAGAACUAAGAUCCUCUAGAAAGUAAAUGGGAUUUUCUUUUUGAAAACGAUUGAGGUUUUGUUUGAGGAAAAAAAAAGAAAAAGAUGAAUGAACAUUCUGUAAGAGAGGGGACGUUUUCUCCAUUUUUCCCGAGAAAACGCAUGAGAACAGGAAAUAUGCGCGGAUGACUGUAUCGUAUGUGUAUCCAUGUGUGUGGGUGUGCGCAUGUGUGGUAAGAAACUUGUACUCGCGCGCGUAUCCGUAGACACAAUUAGGCAAGAACUCGCCUUACAUGGCCGUGUUUGUAAAUACGCUGCGUUGUCGGCGUUGCGCGCUGGCGACUCGCUUCGUGAUGCCUCGGCCGAGAUCGUCGUCGUCGUCGUCGUCCACGUAUCGACGCUUCACGACGGGCCUACGUGGAAGACUUAUGGCCGCCGUCGCCGACCCGCUCCAUCGCGCCGCUCAAGAUACGUUCGAGAUGUUCCUUUCCCUCCCCGUAGCGCACCUUUCUCCGUGCACCACUUCUGCGUCAGCGAUACGUUCGUCGUUAUCUCCUUAAAUUAUUCAGCGAGUUCACUCCGAAUAUCGUUCGACAUGCAAAACGUUCCUUUCCCCGCUGCGCCGGUGCUCUGUUUUGUGUUGACGAUAUUCUCACCGGUAUCUAAAAUCGAGCGGUAUCGCUGGUGAUAAUCGUGAUACUCUGUAUACAUUUUGGAGUAUCGGACGGCGUAUCGAGUAACGGAUCAGUUUGUAACCGUUUGUUGUUCCACGGGAAAUUUCAAUAAUUAUUAAGAUACCGAUAGAUAUCGCGUUAUCGCAGCGCGGAGCACCGCUACAGCUGAUUUUCGCGUGCGAAGCUAGUAGCGUUUCAAAUACCGAGCGACUUUUUGUCACGUGCGUACAUAAAAGGGGGAUGUCAGAGACGCGUAUGCAACGAUAUUAUUCCAUACAGAUGCAUUUUAUUUACUCGACGGCACUAUCGGUUAGAUAUGUUAUUUCUUUAUUUGUUAAAAAAAGGCGUAACGUCAUUGAUACCUUGAGAGUUAUCGUCAAUUACAUGUUUGCGCGUCUCGAGCAAUAAUUCCAGGGAUCGGUUGAUCACCCUUUUCGGUAUUUGAAGAGUUAAUCUAGCUCGUCGUUCUCGCGCGGGCUGUUUAGAUCGGAAUCCUGUGUCAACCAGCUCUGAGUCAGCGGAAUACUGUCGUCGAUCUCGGCAUCGAACGAAUGAAAGGAGGAACGUUCUAAUUAACGGACGAGUUCAAAUAUUACAACUGUGUUUGUUCUGUGACCGGAGCUUGUUUGCGACUUACAUCGUGGUUUAAUCUCUCCGCGAGAGAUAACGGUCGUAGAGAUUGGUACACCUGCAAUAAAGAAGGUACUGUACUUGUUGCAGUGCCAUACCGUUGAAUUCAAGUACCAUAAAAUAAUAAUUGUUAAUAUGCCGUCGUUACCCGUGUCUCGCUGUAACAGUUCCUGUCCUCGUAUCAUCGUCGUUAAACGUACUCGACGUUUAUCAUCGAAAAAGGAAAAAAAUGGUGCAAUAAGAGCUCGCUAAUCCAGGAAGCACGGAACGUAACGCGUUCCGCGACGUUCCUGUUUCGCUUCGUCGCAAGCCUCGGUCGCGAUUACGUCGAUUUACAUUGCGUCGAGGAUUCACGUGAGCACUCUAUAAAUAGAGGCUUUCCGUUACAGACGAGAUGCCACCCGCAAAGAAGCUCCGAGUCGCACAGCGCAACGACGGCGAGUCGUCGUCGUUGUCGCAGCUUCCCGAAGAAAAAGAAAAGUUGCAGCAAGAUAGAAAUAGAUAGAGGCAACAUUUUUGUCGCGAGUUUAUUUCAACGGACAGUACAGGGUCUCCCAAUUUUGAAACAGGAAUAUUUUUGAAACGUGUCUUGGAUCAAAAUCACAUAGACAAUACUCCCAGGACGAGGAAGCGGUUUCGGCACAAUGCUGAAUAUAAUUCGCCAAUAUCGACGACAGUAUCAUGCGGGUUGUCGAAGGGUUGAAGAGGGCGUCGGGUCCUCGGAGGAUUACGGUUCAAUUUAUGACCGAGCAAGCCGCGAUGUGAAUGCAAACGCGCCCGCGAUAUUGAUCAUCCGUCGAUGCCUCGGCAUCGCGGUGGAAGUAUUAGGGCCGCGAUCGUUGCGAUACGCGUAUGCGAUGAUGAUCUCAUUUAUUUUUUCAUAAUGCACGCAACGAGCGGGCCAACCGAUCGACGCGGGAGCGAGACCAUUGACAGCUCGGCUGGAAGCUCAAAGCUGAAAACUUCCGACAGCUGCGCGCCCUUAGCUUUCACCACGAGAUUCCGCAAGACGCACUGUUGUCUGGUGAAAGCAGCGAGAAUGACAAAGAGGAUGAAAAAGAAUCCGAGAUGGAGACUUUAUGCUCACAUCUGCGUAUGUGAACGGACGUAUCGUGAGAAUUGAACCGAGCGUUUCGUUGUGUAACGCGAACGAAAGUAUCAAAGUCGACAGUCAUCCAGCUGGAAAUGCAACUUCGCUUAUUUAAGAGACUCUAUCCUGAGAAGAUAACGGUUAAAGUUCGUAAAUGGGACUUUAUAGAUCGUUACGGCUCCGAGGUAACGCAAAAGAAAAAAAUAAAAAAGAAUCUACGAGGUUUCAAUCGUCGUGUGACGUUUAUUAGGGUAAUCUCGACGCAGUGGAGUAUUAACGAAGAGACGUAAAACGUCGAGAAUGCAGAUGAUGCUGUUGUCCGGGAAAUCAGUGAGGCAGAAAGAAAACGAAAAGAAGAAAAUAAAUAACGGUCAGGAGGGAAGAAGAUUACGUAGACGUAAUUACGUGGACCUGUAUAGUAUAAAUAUAGUAUAGCUUUAUAUUUCUCUGUGCAUGUUUUAGUGCAUAGUUACUUAUCGCUAUCGAUCGCCAGGAGGAGACAUGCGGUUGAUGUCACACAGGCUGAUGGUACUCACACGUGUAAGAUCUGCGAGAUACGCGGUGACCGUUCUCCGUGCGAUGGAGACGGAGGGAAGGAUCCGCCCGUAAUAAAAGUCCGCAUGACGCAGCCGUGUCGUGACGUCACGAGACAAUUCUCGAUCAUCGAAGGAGCCCAUUAUGCGUCGUUAAUACGCCAGUCCCUAGAAAUCGCGGGGGCCCCGAGGUAGUUCGAUUUCGAAAUCUCGCACAAGCAUCGCCCCGAGGAAGCCCUCGAUUAUUCCGGGCGCACGUGACGUCACGACUGCAGCGUCCGGGGUUUUAUAAUAGAUGGUGGUUGGCGAAUGCGGUCGCGACACGGUGACGUAAUGAAGCUCCCGCAUGUAGCGAUACGAUGAAGCGAGGAGGUGGAGGAAGAAAUGAUCGUUUCGCGGCUUCGUGUCGCUCUCGGCGGCGUUGGCCGCCUUUAUCCGAAUAAUUAGAUAAGUUAGCAAUUAGUACACAUUGCGCGUACCUACUGCGAGCGGAGCGAACGAAUUGCGUCAGGAGUUCCACGGUUUCGACGAAGAUGCUUGUGUACAUGGAUGUGUAUGUACGUAUGUGUGUGCGCGAGCGUGCGAGAAUGUUGGGAGCGUGGGAGAGUUGCGCGUUAGUCUCUUUCAUUUUUUUCCUCUCUUUUUUUUUUCUUUCUUUUCUACGAAUGAGCGCAAUCUUCCGUUCUUUUCUAAGUUUCGUCGUUAAAAAAAAUCGUGCGUUACGAAAACUAUAUCUCGUUGUGAUCGUCGGGCCUGUGAAGGCCCGGCAAGUCUUAAUUAUAAAAUAAAGAAGUUCAAAGUUUCGAUGCAGA